AGAAACCUCUACCGAUGAUGUCACCACUAGUUCAAUUGAAGAGGACGGUAUGAGAAGCCGAGGAGACGACAUGACAAGCCCUGUUCAGUCCCGAGUCCGGACCGGCACCAUGAAAACAACCAUCCAUGUGCUGUCCCUGGUACUGAACUGCUGCCUAGUAGUUGGUGUUAUCUUUUUAGGGGUGGUGGUGAUGAACGUAAAGCUGUCAGUGAGUCAGCUAGAGGAGAACACUGAAGCAGCCAUUGGUGAUCUAUCAAACGCGUUAAUUGGGCUACAACAGCCACUGCAACCGCCAGGGGGCAUUCCAGAAGGUCUAGAAGAACACGGCGGAAAAGAUCCAGAAAAGCAAUUAACCGACUCCAACCCGACAAGGAUCCCAUGGACUGAGAAUCUUCAGCGUCUGGAGAAGACUGAAGCUACGGUCAUGGACCAGCAAUACAUAUCGGAGAAAAAAAGUGCUACAACUGACGUCAACCGACCAUCUUCGUCUUGCCCUAAAGGCUAUCAGAAGUACCGCGAAGUCUGCUACAAACCGUUUGAAACACGUCAGCAGUUCCACGAGUCGGCGACAGCCUGUAUCGCCGACGGAGGCACCCUCGCCAUGCCCCGUGAUGCCGGCGUCAACACCUUCCUCAUCUCCCUCAUCGAUUCAGCCAAGUUCAAGUUCGCCAACUUCUGGUUCGGUUUGCACAGUCAGCGAGAAAACGGGAAGUGGGACUGGAUAGACGGAACCCCACUGGGGACCAACUUCAGCAUGUGGGCGGAGGGACAACCCAGUGACACCGAGACGGGAAUCCAGCGCUGUGUCAUGUACUGGGGGAUCAACCAGAAUCUCUGGAACGACUAUGGGUGUGUCGGCACAGCCAAUUUCAUUUGUCAGAUCAUACCGUAAGAUGUUCCAAAGAAGUAGACGCCUGCUCCAGUCUUCACAACAGUGCAGAGCUCAAUGGUCAAAUUGAGACAAAAACAUGAUAUAUACUUUUGGCUAAUAUAGUAUGACUUUACUGUAGUCGCAAAAGCCGUUAAAAUGUAUCUAACACUUCAUUUUGGAUUUAUAGCUUUCUUAGACAGGAAUGCCUGUAUACUUCCGAAUCACUCUAAUCUAAUCUAAUCUAAUGUAAGGUGUAAAGUUAGACUCCGAUAUUUGACAACAGUUGUGCUAACCAAUAAUACCUAAUCGUCCUAGUUCUUGCUUAGCGCUUUUCAUAACUUUGUAUGCACCAUUUUUGUUUGUGUGUAUUUAUUCAUGAGAAGCUCAAUAGGCAUGUAGGCCGCUUUCUAUGAUGGAGGCAAGAAUCAAAUAUAAUAUUACAGAGAUACAGAUUACAUUGAGUACUAAUAAAUCUAUCAACAUUUAACAAGAGGAAUAAGUAAAGAUAGCUCAUAUUGACGAGUUUCUGCCAUCAAUUGAUUAUUCUAGAAGGGAAAGAAAAAGCAGGUGAAACUGAGUAGUACAAAAUACAUGCACAAAAUAUAUCUUUGUCUUUUUUAUUUCAACAUUUACUGACCAGACGUGAUGACAACACACUCAUGAUCUGACAAAUGGCAAUAGAAAAAUGCAUUAAAACAAAUACUUGUACAUACAAGCAAAGCACAAGAAGUAUAACAAAGUAAUGUAAGGUAAACAACAUGGUAACAAAAACCAUAUGCAAUGUAAGAAAAGUGAAAUUUAUGUACAGGAAAACUGUAAGCAGAUCGUUAAAUUCGUGACAAAUCCCAACAUUACUCGAUGUCGGAAGUUUAUUGUUCAAUGUCUUCGCUUCCACAUUGUACUCAAACAUACCGUAGUUUCCGUCACGUCCAUAUCGUAGUGCUGUUGACCAAGAUUCGGAAUAAGUAAAUAGAUAAAUAGAACACGCGUUCCUGUGGUGAUGGGACGCUAUGCCGUCACGAUUAGUACAUAAAACAUUGUUCUAGAACAUUACUAACAUGCCCCUGAUUCUAACGCUAAUGUUAUAAACGUUAUAACAUGUAAUGAAGAUAUGUGUAACAGCUCAAUAAACUUACAUGCGUGUGUUUAGAUACUUGUAUGAGCAGAGAGAGAGAAUGGCUAAAACACCGUCAAAUGUACCACCAAAGGUGCUAGAAAAGAAUGACCUUUGUUUUACUGCUAAAUGCUUCACUGACGUAUCAAUACGGCGAUUUCCAAAGCGUCAUAGUCCAACGCACGUACCCCAAAGACAUUCCAUAUCUCACAAUACCGGUCCAUCCUAUCCACCAAUGACGUCACAAUGGGUUUCUUUGGACGUAGGGAAUUAUUCCAUGACCUGUCAAAGGAAUCAUAACAUUGCCGAAACGAACGGAUUUCAAGACACAUCGGCAGAUAUGAACAAGCAUGGAGGGACAAGAGGUGAUGGCGAAGACCAGAGGAGCCUUCUACAGGCCAUGCUUGAGGAUCAAUCUGUUACAGCGUCCGUUAGUGAAAAUACAGACCCGGAAAGACACCAGUGUCACGCGGCAAACACACCAACAAGCCUUGGCAUACAGACUGAUCACUUUGUGGUUGAGGCUAAGAGAGAUAACGAUGUCCUUCACGCAAUUGCUGGUGAGACUGUUGCCGGGACAAAGAACAGAAACGGUGAGGCCGAGGUCGAAGUAGAAGAGACAUGUGAUGGCGAAAGCCGUAAGUUGUGCCAAGCAGAUCUUCCAGCAGCCGGUCGGUUCAACAUAAGAUCGGUGACCACUGAAGAGGAAGGCGUUGGACUUGGAGCUUUAGCUAUCGCUCUGACGCAAAAGAACAGGAAAGUUGACGAAGCUUAUGGCAGCUCCAGAUUGAAGCUACCUGCUAGAAAGCGGAAGAAUGAUUUGACGGAUUGUGGACCCUGUGGGGUCGGCGGCCGAAGUCAGAAGAAGAGUCGGGUCGUACCGCUUAGAGAUGCUCCUCAGUCACGUAAACAUACCAGACGGACCAUUCCCUCAUUUCACACUUUUCAAGAUACAAAGGACAUCAAACAGUCAAAGUUGAAGCGAGCCAGUGGUGUAUCUUCGCUAGAUUGUCAUGGAAAGAACAAAGAAGUUAUGGAAAGCCAUGACAAUGUAAGGAUUGGUGAGACUGUAUCGCAAGAAAGGUGGGCGGGCACUCGUGGAGAGAAGGGUGCUACCACAUUGACAGCCAAUGACAGAGUUUCGAGGCAAGACAAGUGUUCUCAAUCGAAGUCUCAAGGAAGAAAGUGUCGGGGUGCUAGGAAGAAGGCUGGCAAAGCCAUACGCACUACCGACGUAAAUCAGAGCCGUGGCCAGUCUGUUCUUUGUGCCGCCUGCAGUUCCAAAACACGAACCAGGGGAAUAGCUUUGCAAAAAGUAGAUGCAACAGCCAACGUUAACGGUGUCUCUCGUUCAACAUCACGAAGAAGAAAACAGCAAAAGGCAUCAACAAGAGAGUGCAUCAUGAAAAACUAUUAUACUGCCAGUGCAAUCGACGACGUCAACACUGAAAAUGCAAACCAGGGAUGGGCUGUUAUCAGAGAUACACUUCGGUCCCAAACCGAGUGGACUGAUACCUCUCUUCAUGCUGAUGUCGACUCCAAUGCAUUUCAAAAGUUGUCGAAGAGGGAAACUGACAAGCACUGGGACUCUGGGUCUUCAUCAAGGUGGGAGAGAAGAUACAAGCCAAGAAAAACGGACUACCUGGAGCCUGGUGAAUCCCUGAGUCCACGUCUCUUGUUACGACCAGAUUCUACCUACCACGAUUUCGUAGCAGGUGAAAUGGUUCUGGUAAACAACAUCAUUGACGAUCCCUGCAAGUGGGAGGCAGCGGACGAGAGCGAGCUGGUUGCGUGCCAGGACGGGAAUACACCCCAGGGAUACCGGGAUGCCAGCGGCCGGAUCUGCCGACUCUACCGGGAGUACUUGGACAUCGUCAACGGCGAGGUGCUACGGCAAGUAGCCAGUGAGCUAUGGGAGUAUGUGAGCUACAUGUAGCUGACGGACAAGAAUGACUGUUUCCGGGUCAUGUAGUUGAUGGACAAGAAUGACAGUCACUUUUUCCGGGUCAUGUACCUCUGGACAAGAAAGACUGUUUACGGGUCAUGAUACCAACUAUACCAACAGAUGAUGAAGAGAGGGUCAUACGUAUGAUGACAUUAAGCACGUGAAAAUCCAACAAUUACUUUCGAUCCUGUUCAAAUAAAAUAUCAAUUUUCGUAUUAAGAACACGGUAAGCGUCAGCACUAUAUGUCGUAUACAUGCACUCUUUUGCACUUUCAUGUCAGGUAGAAAUGGUUGGUCAAUACAAAUAGUACAUAAAUGCACGAACGACAUGUAGUACUUAUAAAGAUGGCUUGGUUCUGAGCACUUUGGCACGUGUGUUUGCUAUAAGCCUUGGAGCCGAAGUAUAACUGUUUUUGUCAGAAUAGGUAUACUUGUACUUAUCAGAUUCAUUAGAGUGGAGACCUCUGUAUUUCACAGGUAUCGAUGACCUUGCUGCAUUAUUCUUCUGGUAUUUCAUAAGAAGAUAACGAUAGAAGUACCAUAUCAUGUUACAAUAGUAAUGCCGUUGUGCUACAGCAGGGAACAAUUUGAUUAUAAUAAUGUUUUAUAUGAUUUCAAGUCUUCGUUGUUUUGCUGAUAACAAUCCGGUAGCGUUUAGUAACUGUCAGUAUUCAAAUAUCUGCUUCAAAUCCCUGGAAUUCAGAUAUUUAGUUCGCGCAAGCGCAAUACGCCCAAAUGUUGCCAAUAGAAAAGUCACAUUUGCAGGAAACCUAUGUGGCUAAGUCAUCUUAUUAAAAUCCCACAAUUAUAGGUCAGAAUGUUCAGUGACAAUAACAAGAACAUUUCCUCUGAAUGCAGCAUUUUGGUGUUUGAAAAAGGACAAAUAGAGGUGUCGAUAAGUUUACAAUAGCAAUUUUACGAUAGUAAACAAAAAAUUUCAAAAACUGUAGGAAAAUUAGACAUGCAUUAUUUAGCCCAGAGAACCUUUGUAACCAUGGAGAAGAACUUUAUUGCAUGACGACGAUUGCACAUGGUACAAUGUAUGGCAACAAUUACACAAAGUACAAAAUAGACGUAUAAAAUAAAACUUCAUAAUCAACAUAA